AAUAAUGUGGUCAUCGUAUAAGGCGAACGCUCAAUCAACUGGAUUACGUCGCAUGCAACGGUAGUCUAUUAUUUGAUUUCGCGUGUAUACUUUGAAGAAACAAAGAAAAAAAUGUUUAGUCACAAGUACUCGCUCGUCAUAUGCAUCUAUACAUUAGUGUUACCUUCCUCUUGUGUUGUUAAGGAUAUUUUAACCUCUGCUAUAGGCAUCUCUGGAAUCGCUCCAGAUUAUCAAAAUAAAAUAAACUUAAUAUUAUAUCAAGGAUUAUCGGUGCAAAAUGCUAAAUCCUAUAAAUAUUCACUUGCUGAAUCAACUGAAUUAAAAAAUCAUCUUGAUAUAAAAUUGCCUUUCGUUCUCUAUGUUCACGGCUUUAUAGAACAUUAUUCUAAUGAAAGUGUCCAAACCAUUAUUUCAGCAUAUCUUCAGAAGGGCGCAGAUAACAUUGUAAUAUUGGAUUGGAGUGCGUUCUCUUAUGAAAAUUAUGCAAUAUUGUCUAAACGUAUUAAAACCAUUUCAAUGUUCACGGCCAGAGCACUAGAGGACUUAGCAAAAGCUGAAAUAUUAAAUGUCGAUACUUUGCACAUCGUAAGUCACUCUCUAGGUUCACAUCUAGCUGGCUUUCUGGGACGCUUUCUUAGUUUUACUAUUCCCAGAAUUACUGCUUUAGAUCCGGCAAACCCUCUGUUUUAUCAGCUCAACGCCGAGCACAUAGACAAUAGUAGUGCAGAAAUAGUCGAUGUGAUCCACACAGAUGGUGGUAUGUACGGAGCAAAUCCCAGGACAGGAACUAUUGACUUCUUUGCUAAUGGGGGCAUUAGACCGCAGCCUGGAUGUCCAGCAAUAGGUAUGUGUAAUCAUCAUAGGUCAUGGCGAUUCUAUUCCGAAUCUGUGUUAAAUGAUACAGCUUUUCCGGGCCUUGCAUGCGCAUCAUUUGAAGACUUUAAGGCAGAAAAAUGUAAGGAAAACGAAAUAGUCUACUUUGGAUAUUCAAUGACUGCAAAAAGAUCGGGUGGUGCUUAUUACUUUACAACUAAUAAAGCCUCUCCAUAUGGAAAAGGAUCAGAUGGACUAAAAUACGUGUAAUAUAUAAUUUAGAU